AUGCUUACAGUCCAGAAAUUACGUAUAAAGCUUUUCUCCGAGGCGUCCACUGUUGGCGUUCACUUCGCACUUAUGCUUGGUGUUACGGUCUAUACAGUUUUUGGAGCACUUGUGAUGCAAUGGUUGGAGUCGCCAAAAACGGUCUCAGCUCAAACAGUGAAAAGAGACACUGCUGGAAAAGAAUCAGAUGUAUUCAUGCGCGUGUAUCUAGGCACAGAAAUUGCGGAGAUGGAUCCAGGCGUACACGAAUGUAUAAAGCGGGUUCUUGGGCAAAUCGUGGACAGGACAAAAUGUGCUGAUUAUGAACUUGAGCAUUUGUCUAUCAAUGGGAUUGACGACUGCUACCAAAAUGCGAAAUUUAAUCCAGCAUCUCUUAAUGCUUUAUCAUUGAAGAAAGCACAAAAGAAAGGCCUAACAAUUGAAGAGGAGAUAGCAGCUGAAUUGGAAAAGUGGUCCUUUGGUAAUGCCUUGAUUUUUGCCUUUACGGUCAUAACUACCAUAGGUUAUGGUCAUGUAGCUCCAGUGACGUUUUAUGGACGCCUAUUUUGCAUUAUCUAUGGUUUGGCGGGGGUACCUCUAGCACUUCUCACCAUCGCCGACUUGGGCAUGUUCCUUACCAUCGUUCUGAAAAAAGUUACUGCUUCGGUUUACUUUUGCGUGCAUUAUUCAAUCAAGUGCUUACGAAGGAUAAGGCCUUCUCGAUCUGGUGGAAGAGUCAGCGUAUUGAGCACUGCAAGGGAUCUGAAAGUUGUUGAUGGAGAAGCCGAGGGAGAACCAGAGGAUGCGAUAGAACCGAGAAAGACUGGUGAAGCAGUUGCACUAGCUGUCACGUUCAGUCUCUACUUGAUCCUGGGAGCAUUAAUACUGGCAGCGUACGAGCCAGAAAUGGACUUCUACAAAGCUUUCUACUUCAAUUUUGUAACAUUGACUACAAUCGGACUGGGUGAUUUUGUUCCCAAAAGUUUCGACUACCUCUACGCCACGCUUGGUUACAUCGGAAUUGGCCUGGCACUGACUACUAUGGCAAUCGACCUUGCUGCCGAUUUGUUGCGUAAACUUCAUUAUGUUGGUCGAAAGAUGGAUGAUAUGUCCAAUGUUGUUGUAUGGUUUGGAGGCAAAAAGAUGACAAUGAAAAAUCUAGUGAAAAAUUUGGGGGACCAAUUCAACAUUCCUGAAGGCGACAUGGCCAACUUCAAUCUCGAGCAAUUCGUUGAAGCUGCUAUGAAAGUAGAAGCAGGAGAAAUCAAAACGCUCAGGAAGACUGUACCGCUUACAACAUGCGACGAUGGUAUCUUGAGCUAUAGUAAACUGCGAAAAGCUAAUGAAAGCGACAUCCGUUAUGUAGACGAAAAUUUCAGCAAAAAUCGCGAUCCGACGCAAGCUCUCAAUGAAGACAACACCGCUCGCACAAUGGAAACGCUAACUAUGGAAUGUCCACCCGCCAGCCACAUUCCUCAUCUAGAUCUUCUCGAUUUUCCUCUUAACACCGACUCCUCGCUACCUACAUCUUUCGACGAAGACUACAUGAAGACUGGAAGAAAGACAGUAGCCUUCGAAUAA